AUGUACAGGAGGUUCUACGAGUGCACGUCGUCACACGUCGAUAGCGAUGUUGCGAACCAGCACUUUCAGUUCGCUCUGAGCCAGUCGAAUAAAGCCAUACAGCAACUAGUCAAGCAACAGACCCAGGGCGGCAGGAUUGACGCAGCAGACAAGCUGACAGUCAUGACUUGUUGUGUCCUGUUCGGCAGCCUGGCUAAUCUGCAGGGCCAACAACAGGCAGCACUCGACCAUCUCCGGAGCGGAAUACGCAUGCUGCGGGAGACGAGCUCACAGAGCCACGUCGACAACACGCACCCCGUCUCGUUGAGCUCGUUACGCUCCAUACUCACUGGACUGGACAUACAAGCACGGAGCAGCAUAAACUGGUCCGACAUCCCGAACUGGGAGCCCGCCUUCUCAUCCCCACAAGCCUCGGACAGUGCCGACAUAGACAUGUCCCAUCCACGGGCGCUAUCCGAACUACACAGCCGCGUUGAGACCCUGCUCAACGACACCCUCGCCUUCAAUCGAGGCUGCGUAGUCCGACCAUGCACAGAGCGAACCAGCAUACAGCACGAACACCACGCGCUAGUCUGGCGGUUCGAGCGCGUAUCCCACAGCGUGAAGAAACUCAGCAGUCUCCCAGCCCCUGCAACCCCCUCGGCAUCCCGCAGCCUCUCACAAACCAUGCUCCUGCACCUGCAAACAAGCCACUGCCUCCGCUCCUCCAUCGCCCCGCUAGCCCAGCACUUCGCCAUCGCCAGCCCCCUCGCACACACACCCUACAACCCCACCACGCACUUUACAGCCAUCAUGUCCCACGCGGUGCACCUCCUCGCCACCACCUCGCCAUCUGCGCCCGUGUACACCGCCGCGCCGGGCCCGCUCUCCGCACUGUGGCUGAUAGCGACCAGCGCGCCCUCUUCGUGCGUGGCGCUGCGCAAGCGGGCCAUCGAGCUCAUGCUAAGCCAUCCGCGGCGAGAGGGGCUGUUUGACGGGGUGCUGGCGGGGCGGAUCGGGAGGGUGGCGUGGGGGCUGGAGCAGGCGGGUGCGGGAGGCGUGGAUCGGAUAACGGAUGGGUCGGGGGAAGGGUCGGGGGAUUUGAUUGUUCCUGAGACGGCGAGGAUGGUGGGUUUAGAUGUUCAUCAUGAGGGGCCGUGGAGGGCUAGGGUGAGGCUCGCUGAUGCGGAGCAGAUGCGCAGGGGAGGGGGGACGGUGGUGUGGAUUGAGUGGUAG